AUGGAGAACAUAAAUAACGGGAUGGACACAACGAGUGCCUCGCCCGCAACCCCUCCCGUACACUCCUAUCAUCGACUGCACAGUCCUACAGGAGAAGGUCAUUGCCACCAAGCUACUCUCUGCACUACCCAGACCAGCAGCUCACCAGCAGCAGUGCAGCACAGGUGGAGUUUGAGAACUCUACCAGCCUCCUUGCCAAGCCCCAAAAAAGAAAAAAAGAACCGCACGCCAAACUCUCCGAACAUGUGUUACUAUGACAACUUCAAGUACGCAUGUCUCGAUUGGAAAUGGGGAAAUUUCCGACAACACUGCCAAAAGGAAUAUCGCACGGGUGAAACAUGCGGGAUGAAGAUGAUCUUCCAGACCAUCAUGCUUGCAGAAAAGUGUCCCUCCUGCGAGAAGAUUGAGAAGAAGCUUCGACGCCGGGCAAAAGCUCUCUCCGAUCAUGCGAGGUGGGCCAAGGACGGCUCGAAAUUCAAGGCGUCGAUGGAGAAGGCGCUCGAGGAGGUUGCGCAGCUCGAGCGGGAAAUUCGCAUUUUGCAGGUGGAGAAGGAUAGGCGGUUCGCUGCUGUGGGCAAUUCUCGUCGUAAUUGA